AUGGGGCGCAAUGAUACAAAACAGACGAAGAAGGUUUCAAAACACAAGAAGGAGAAAAUUUUGAAUAAUGAUGCGAUGAAGCUUAUGCGAAGUCAACUUGCUAAUGUUGGCUGCAAGUUGCUCUUAGUAGAGGCUGACGGCAACUGCCUUUUUCGCGCACUAAGUGAUCAGCUUUAUGGCGACCAGCAUCGACAUGAUGAUGUUCGUAAGCACCAUCGUAACGACUUUGAACCAUUCAUGGAAGAUGAUGAGAAGUUUGAGAAGUAUUGCGAGCGAAUCCGAGAAGAUGGUACUUGGGGUGGGAAUCAAGAGCUUUAUGCUGCGGCUCGACUGUUUCAAGUGUACAUUAUUGUUCAUCAAGACCAGCUAGAAGCACCAAUUAUGGUGAUCGAGUGCGACCGCCUUAGACCUACGCGAAUCAUUCAUGUAGCUUAUCAUAGUGAAGAUCACUAUGACAGUGUGCGAUCAUUAAAAGAUUGUAUGGAUCCAGACACUUUACCGAUUUCAUUCGACCUCGAAUGCGAAGGUUAUCGAGUAAAAGAUCUUGCAAAGCGAUGGCAUACACACAUGUCAACUUCAGAAUCCAGUAACAGCGAGCAAGUGGAGCUCAGUGUUGUUCCAGAAGCGUCGAUGAAUUUAACAGAUGGAAGGGUUGACGAAUUGGCGAAUCGUCUCAGUAAACAGCUACAGAUAGCAGCUGGAACUGUUUCUGGUACAUCUGGCAAGAUUUUAAGCAAGAAGGAAUUGCGUCAAUUACGAAAAGCUCAAAAGAUCGAAAAGUCUCAACGAGUUAACUUGUCCAAGUCAACAUAA